CAUCUAUCCAUAUAUAAUGUGAGAGUUUAAGGUGACUGUGGAUUUUUAGUCUGUACCUUUGAUUGAAAAAAAAAAUUGUUCAAUUUAUCUUUUUGAAAUAAGAAAUAAAUGGAUUACAAACAACACGAUUAGAAGUCGUUACAACUAUAAAAACAAACAAUUUCAUGUUAAUUAGACACCACUUCUGAAAACUUUUGUUCCGAUUUCACUGACUGUUAUUUUAUCUCAUAAAAUGAAGAUAAAUCAAGUGAAAUUGAUCAUGAAUUUUCUCUGCUUACUGUUGAUUCAAUUUUCCGAAGGUUAUGCUGUUUUAGAAGGUAAAGGAAUUGUGAAGACGGUGUAUUCGAAACGCCAGCCAAUAGUACUAACCGCUACAGCUGGUUCUAUAUCACACACAGAUGGUACUACAACACUAAACACUAGUAAUGUUAAUGGUAAUGGUUUCUCUGCUGUACAUCAUAUUCCCAUUAAUUCAACUAGUGAAUAUAUCCCAACAAAUUUUAUUACUGGAGCACAUUUAGUGCCUGCAGCUUCACUGUUCUCAGACAUGAAUAAAGAAAACUAUACACAAUGGUCAUUCUCAACUACAUAUAAUCCAUCAACUACAUUACAACAGAAUCGAGAAGUGAACAAAGAUAGGCCAACAAAUAUUUCAUUGAAUGAACAACAAAAUCAAACGGAAGAAGAGAUUCAUUCAUUUGGUGGUGGGAAUCAACCACAAGUUAUGGAAAGUGAUAAUGAACUGUCACAAAUUCCAGAUUAUCUAUAUGAUGCAGAUCAUGAUUUAACGGACGAAAUGAAUAAAUAUCAAGUUGUAAUUUCUUCAGAUAUGGAUCCUUCAUAUUACAUGGAUCAACCGAAUGAAGCUGGUAUCAGAUUAGCUAAAUUUCCAUGGCUAUACAAUAAAGAUUAUGAUCAAUCCAUGGAGAAUAAUGUACAAUUUAAACAAAACAUCUAUCUAGAUGAUCAACAGAAGAAAGAGGAAGCACGUCCAGUUUAUCAUUCUACUGUUCGUUGGGCCAUAAGAUCUAUAACUACAAAUGGUCAACCAAGACACAUUGCUUGUAGUCAGCCUUUAGAUAGAGGAGUUGGUUCGAAUGAAUUAUCUUCUUGGUAUUAUGAUUCGAAUGAUGGAAGAUGUCGCUGGUUUGGAUAUCGUGGAUAUGGUGGGAAUGCCAAUAGGUUUUACAGCCGCACAGCUUGUGAAGAAUUAUGCGUUCGAGAUAACCAGAAUUUAUGUGAGUUUGCCAAAUGUCCAAAAUCAAUUACAUCCUGUGAACUUGUCGGUGAUCAAUCAUGCAAGGUUUACAAACAACAACAUUCUAAAUCAUGGGAAGCUGAAUGUCCACCAGAUCAACCAGUGUGUGUCACAAAACGAAACACUAGAAUGGCACCAGAUAUUGAAUUUGAAAAUGUUCCAUCUGAAUGUAGACAACCACCGGACACAGGAUCGUGUCAGAUAAAGAAUCCAUCGCAAAAUUUUUACUAUGAUCUAGAAAGUAAUGACUGUAUCUCAUUUUAUUUUCAUGAAUGCGGGGGAAACGAUAAUCGAUUUGUUACGAAAUCUGAUUGUAUGAGUCAUUGUUCUCCUUGAAUAAGCUUCUUGCUCUCUACUUCCACUUCCUCUACAUCAUCGUCAUCAUUCUCAUCAACCACAGAAGAGAAGUAAAAUCAUCAUCACUCAUAUCGCCCAAUUUAUCAUGAUUGUCAUCAGAAGAGGCAUCACUUCCACUUAUUGUCAUUAUUAUUGCUAUCAUCCAAAAAAUAUCAUUUCAAUAAGUAGCUGUACUAGUAAUAUAUAUAUAUAUAUAUAACUUCUCACGAGUAUAUAAUUUUUUGUGAAGAAAACAACGUAUAGCAUUAACAUGGCUUUCUAACUAAUGGAAUGUGAUAACAUUUUCUGAUUUCUCUUCUUUACCAAAGUGUCAUAUUGGUUAAUCUUUAGUUAACUGUCAAUAAAGUCAGAAAUUUUAUUUUGAAUUGCACUAAUAAUUAAAAUAAUGAUAAUUGUUUCUUUGCGCUUACAUAAAC